AUGUCGGCUUCAUUAGCACCGGAGUGUAACGAGGUCAAGGAGCGCUACGACACGUGUUUUCUCAAAUGGUACAGCGAAAAAUACCUCAGAGGCGGUGAAAAAGAUAAUAAAGAAUGCGCAGUUUUGUUCAAGGAUUACCAAAAAUGCUUGGGAGUUGCGCUUAAAGAGAGAGGAAUUGACAAACUCGUCGAUGAAGCUCGCGAAGACAACAGAGAUAACGAUGCCAGAUUGAUCCUUCCAAAGAAAUGA